GACUCCACCCGCUGGCUAAGUUCCUGUCUUCUCUGGACAGUAAGUUCAGCAGCCUGUUCAUGGACGCCGGCUGGAGGGAACUGUUCGGACGCCCGGAGCCGCCGCCGCUCGAUCCGGUCGGCGUCGCUGGUCGAGUGUCUCAGUAUCUGAGUGGAGCUGCAGUCUCUCACCUGUGUCCGAUCUCAGAGGCCAUGCUCACCUGCAAACACAGGAGCUAUGACGACGACUCCUUCCAGAAGUUUGUUCCUUUUAUUGGGCUGGUGAUGGUCGGCAUCGUGGAGCAGAACUUCCUGUCCACCUCAGUUGACUCUGAUGACAUCAUCCUGGGAUCUCCUCCCGCCCAAUCAGGAGCACCGAUCAGCAUCACGGCCACGCCUCCUCCCUCCCCCUCCAUCAGCGGCGGAGAACUGAUGAGUAUGACGGUGGUGACGAAGGAGAAGAACAAGAAAGGUGAGGAAGAGGAGGGUGACUGA